UAAAACUGACAGUUGACAGCUAAAGAUCAUUGACGUUUAAUAUUUGAAUUCUAGAAUUCUACUUUAUUGGUUUCUGAUUUAAAUACUUCGUAAAUAUUUUUGAGGAAAUUAUCAAUGGGCGCAAAUAUUACAUACGUUAAUUCGUCAUAAAUUAUUAAUGAUUUCAUUAUAUGAAGACUAUUUUAAUAUUUAUGAACACUUAAUAAUUUAAACAGAAACUUUACAAUGUCGUGCACAAAGGAAGAAAUAGAAAAGAAACGUUUAGCCGCUUUACAAAAACGGCUAAGUAAACUGGAAAAUAAUAGUUUACCAAUGAGUCCGAACCGUUUACAAGGAACUUACGCUUCUCCAAUACGAAGUUCGUUUAAUUCACGCCAAAGUUUUCAGCCAUAUGCGAGAAAUAGUGUCACAAAUAAUGCGCACACUGAGUGCAGCGUGCCUGUAGAUAAAGUGGUCACCGGAACUGUGUAUCUCAUAUCUGAAGACAGGUUCGAGGUGAAUCCAUCGGAGUUCUGCAGUCCUCUUAUCAAUAUAUUCUCUAAAAUACCUUCUAAAAGUUAUGAUCCCAAAUCAAAACUAUGGAACUUCUCAAUAGACCAUUACCAAGACCUGAUGUCCAAAGUUGCCCCUCUAGCUCCACAUAUAGUCAUAGGGGCUCUACCACCUUUUAUCCUUAAGGUGUUGAGGGAACAGACUAUGGAUCCAAACAAUGUUGAUUUGACUCCAGUAGAAUCUACUCUAAGAAAUAAACUAUUGCCGUUCCAAGCAGACGGAGUCAGGUUCGCAAUCGCGCGCCGCGGGCGGUGCAUGAUCGCGGACGACAUGGGACUAGGCAAGACGUACCAAGCGCUCGCUAUAGCCAGCUACUACAGGCACAACUGGCCUCUGCUGAUAGUCACUACUUCCUCCAUGAGAGAAACUUGGCAAAAUAAAAUCGUGGAGUUGCUGCCCUCUGUGCUCUUGAUGAACAUAGUGACACUCUCUACAGGGAAGGACACUCAGCUACUUUCUGAAAGACAGCCAGAAGUCGUCAUAGUGAGCUAUAAAAUAGCUAGCAUGUACACAGAUUUGUUAAAAAGCAAGAAAUUUGGUGUUGUUAUCAUUGACGAGUCGCACCACCUGAAGUCGCACAAGGCGCAGUGCACGGGCGCGCUGCGGGCGCUGUGCGGCGGCGCGGCGCGCGCGGUGCUGCUGAGCGGCACGCCCGCGCUCAGCCGCCCCGCCGAGCUCUACACGCAGCUCGUGCUCAUCGACGCCAAGCUCACACCCUCAUACACGGACUAUGGCAAAAGGUACUGUGAUGGGAAGCUGACAAAGUUUGGUUGGGACAUGUCGGGUCAGUCAAAUUUGCCUGAGCUUCAAGUUUUAUUGCAAAAGAAAUUCCUCAUCAGAAGGACCAAGGAACAAGUCCUUACAGACCUAGAGGCCAAAACCAGAGAAGCAGUAUUACUGGACGAAUCACUGAUGCAGUACAGCGCACAGGAUCAGGAAGGGCUGUCGCAGAUGGCCGAGGCCUAUAAAUCAUCCACGAAGUCUGAAAAGCAUGCCGCUCUCAUCACGUACUUUAGCGAAUCUGCAAGGGUCAAAAUACCGGCUAUUUGCAAAUAUAUUAAACAACUGCUCGACAAUCCUACCACGAAGAAGUUCCUCAUAUUCGCCCAUCAUAAGAUCAUGAUCAACGCUAUAAGUGAGACCCUUGAUGAGCGCGCGGUACAUUACAUCCGCAUCGUGGGCUCUACUCCCACCGCAUCCAGAGCGGAUCUGGUCGAGAAGUUCCAGCACGACCCGACGUGUCGCUGCGCAGUGUUGUCCAUCACGGCGGCCAACGCUGGCAUCACGCUCACCGCCGCCGACCUCGUCCUAUUCGCUGAACUGCACUGGAACCCUGGGGUGCUGUCGCAGGCGGAGUCUCGCGCGCACCGGCUGGGCCGCGCGGGCUCUGUGCGCGCGCGCUACCUGCUGGCGCCGCGCACCGCCGACCAGCACAUGUGGCCGCUGCUGCAGCACAAGCUCAAUGUGUUAAACGACGUGGGGCUAAGUCGCGAAACAUUUGAAGAUACCGCUACCACUCAUCAGGAAAGCAAAAACACUAUGUCGCAGUAUUUAACACAAAUUCCACCCGUGAAGAACAAAAACGAUUACAUCCCAGGUACAAAUAUAAGGAAAGAUGAGAAAGUCGGAACGCACAACACUACUGAAUUUCAUUCUCCUCAACCGAGCACAUCUGAAGAUAAUGCAGAAAAAUCUUUCUUUGAAGACGAUGAAACGGACGAUAUAUUGGCCAAUUUAGAUUUAUGACCAAUCAACUGCCUUCCCAGUCGAACUACGGUGAACUGCAAGGAAGGAUAAUUGGGUGGUUCCUAGAUCAACAAAGGACGCGUCAUGUGAUUAGUACUGCAAACAUAAAAUUCUGUAUAUUCAAUAUAACUACUACAUAGAAAGUACGUCGCAUGUACUAUACCAUUUUGUGUCGGUAUGGGCACACACAUAAAUAAAUCUUAAACAACAUUUGUCUAUGUUACAUACACUUCACCGAUUUUUAUAGAUGUGUGAAUAAUUAUUUGCUAUCAUACUUUGCCAGAAAGGCCAUAUCAGACUAGGCGCGUUUUAUAUCGAUGGUUGAAUGGCUAUAUACGUAAGACAUAUAAUUUGAAAAAAAAAAACUUAAAGUGAUUAAAUGGGUAUCAAAUUUAAAGAAAUUCAUUUUUCUUAUGAACUUAAAUAUCUACACUACGUCUAUGAGAUCUGGACUGAUAUAUUGUGAGGAUUUAAGGAUCGAGAUGUAAAAUAAUUGUUAAAAAAACAUUUUUCUGGUUUAACUUUACCAGUGAGCUACAAUUAAUAAUUCUUCAUUAUAUGGAGGUUAUUAUUGAUACUGUAUUUCUGCAACAUUCUGUAUAGUUUUAUCAGUUUCCUAAAUUUUUUGAGCGGUCUGAAUUUAUUGUUAACCGCCAUUUUCAAUAAAUGAUCUUGUUCCUUUUUUCAAUAUAUCUCUAAAAAUGUACCAAUCGGAACAAAGUUUUUUGAUAUGCUUAUAAAUGAUUUAUUUUGUUUGGUUUAUUCUCGGCAUCGGAUUGAAGAUUGAGAUUGCUUAUUGAAAACGGCUGUAAAUAGUUUUUUAUGCUUUUCUUGUCUAACUUGUUUAUAAACCACUAACAAUAUGAGCAAAUUAUUUAUUGUUUUCAAUAUAAGGAUACAUAGUUACAAACUAAUAACAAAGGAUAGAAGUGCGAUGUCAUCUUAAUUUCAAUAAUGUACUAGAAAUUACACAAAAAUUAUUAUUUUUUUUUUUAUUAAAAACACAUCUCACAUAAA